CCCUCUCUUUCUCACUCUCUUUCUCAUUCUCUUUCACACACUCUUUCUCACCUCCCACUCCUCAACUUUCCCUCUCUCUUUAACUUGCCCUCUCCCAUUCCUUAGUCACUCGAGCAUCCACCCACAAUCGUACCCUCUAUUUUCUAUCCCUCUCUCCUCGACUCGUCUGACUCAUACAUACCGUUUCCACUCGCUCCCUUGAACGAUUAUGAUCAGACCAAUUUGACAGAAAUCACAUCAGAUUCUGCCAAAAACCGGUGCAAUCUGAUUCUAUUUACCACCCUGUUUUUAUUCUUUUACUUGUACAACUCUAUCCUUAUUUCUACUAUUUCUACUCUGCACAUGACCGAAAUACGUAAGUGCCGCUUGUAGAUGUAUGCCUAUGCGUACGCAUGCGAAUAGACCUAUGUUUUUAGUGAAGAAAAAGAGUUUCUCGUUGGGGGAUUCCGGCUCCUUUUAUCUUGAAUGAAAUUUCUUACCCCUUUUUUUUAUACUUUUUACGACUCCUGGUUGUGUCUUUUUCGCGCGGGUAUAAAACGUGCCUUACUACAGUCGCAUCAGUGCUAGAGAGAGGUGCUAUUACAGACUAGAGUUCUAGAGUGUCGAUCCAGUGUUUCUUGGGUCUCGUAACAAGCGUCAUCGCCUCAAUCAGAUAUUCUCGCCUUUUUGCUUCAAUGAAUUGUAGUCUCAACUUGACUGCAUUCCAAGAUUUUAUCAAGGUGAUACAACGGAAAGGCUGAUUUUUCAUUCUGAAAUUCAAAACGGGGUCAUUGAUUGCAGUGAAGGUGGAAGUACCAAAUUGAGACAUCCUCAUGGUCUCAAAAAAUUAGAUCAUUAGACACACCUCAGGAUGAAAUCGCCUAUAUUUCAGCUGAAAACGCUUAUGAAGGGUCUUAAUUUUUCUCAUAUAUCUAGACCCAUACAUUUCUGGAAAAACUCGACAUCAAGUAGCAUUCUCAAAAGGAGAAUCAGAUUUGAACUAUAGCCCAACAUUAAAAAAUACGCGCCCGAAAGCGCGUAUUCCUUUGUUCGUAUGGCGAAGAUCCAAAAGCCAUCGACCUGGACAAAAAUUCGUAAUAAGAAAAAUAAUUUUUUGGAACACAGCUCAGUAACUGGAAGGAGGAAUUUUUACAUCGCCUUUUAAGUAGAAAGUGAAAUUUUCCUAUUUGCGAAGAAAAUCAUGCGAACAGCUUUUAAGUCCAACAUUCAUAUUCGAUAGAUAUUAUUGGUUUUAUAAGUAUACCCUGAUGAGUGGAUUGUUUUCUUAAUAUUAGCCAAGUGUUUUCUAAUAAUUGGGAUUUUUUCAAAAUAUUAUGGAAGCCUCGGCUGUACCCCAUUUGGGACAAGCGGCUUCAGCCGCUUGUUCUAUGGCAACAAAUUUUCUGGCUCCUGUGAAAACUGAUCGACAGAUUUAUGAAAAUUCCAUGCUGGAGGAUGAUCCCAAUGCCAACUCGGUCAUCCCUACUUCCACGGAAGACAGAAUUGUGCCCAGGUGGGGCCCUAAUCAUAAGGGUGCUCAAGAAUUGGCCAACUUAUACAGUACAGGAAAAAGAACACAGGAAUGCAUUUGUGUUGGAAUUUGUAUUACACUGAUGGCAGUGAAUUCGUUUUGUAUUCUCGUUCGCUUAAGGCUGGAAAACUUGAGUUCAAUCGCGAUAGCCGCACUGUGUGGAAUUGUUACCGCAGAUUUCGCUUCUGGGUUCGUUCACUGGGCAGCUGACACAUGGGGAUCCGUUGAGCUACCAAUUCUGGGAAAAAACUUCAUAAGACCUUUUCGGGAGCAUCAUAUUGAUCCUACUAGUAUUACACGUCACGAUUUUAUAGAGACAAACGGUGACAAUUUUAUGGUGACCAUACCGUUUCUUUGUAAACUAACGUGGGAUUUUCUCACCCUGUCAGAGUCUGAAAUACAAAUACGAUUUGUUUGGACUUGUUAUUGGUUUCAACUCGCAAUCUUCGUGGCGAUGACGAAUCAGAUACACAAAUGGUCCCACACUUAUUUCGGACUUCCCGGAUGGGUCGUUUGGCUGCAGGAACAUCGAGUCAUCUUGCCCAGAAGACAUCAUCGAGUUCAUCAUGUGGCACCACACGAGACUUACUUUUGUAUCACCACCGGAUGGUUAAACUGGCCACUGGAGAAGCUUCAAUUUUGGUGCACUCUAGAAAUAAUUAUUGAAAAAACAACAGGUUGUAGGCCUAGAGCGGACGACAUGAAAUGGGCGCAAAAGCGGUCGUGAGAAUUAUUAUAAAAGAGAAAAUACUUAGACAUAUUUUUUAUCUCAUCUUUUACAUUGAGUAGAACAAAAAAUUAGCUCGCCGCAACGUAAAAGACAAACAAGGUGCGUCUCGUGACGAAAAUAGGAACUGAAUCUACUAAAAAUGUAUCCUUAAAAAAAACGAUUAAACUUGAUAAAUGACAAUCAAAAGCAAAUUCAGGGUGGCCGUUUCACCCGAAGAAAAAAAUUACCGGGGUUUUCGCGGUUCUUUCCCAGUUCGGGAAAAUUUGUCACGGCUAUUUAAAUAAGAAAAUUCUAACUGAAUAGCAAAUUAAAAUAUUCAAAUUGGAUCUCUUUAAUUUUAAACUUUUACAACUGAAGCUUGAAACAAUGUUAUUCAGACAUUUUUAUAAAUU